GUAACACUAGGGUUGGAUCGAUGAAUGUAGUCAAACCCCCAUAGGACGCCGCUGGGCCACGUGACCAGAUGUGGAGUGAAGCAGGGGGCUGAAACUUCGUGGACAAGCCGCCGAGCUGUGGAGACGCUGAAUGAAAGAACGGGAACAUGCCGCCCUCACCACCGGACUCGUUGGGCAACAAACCUCUGGAUGGCGGUUGGGGCUGGAUGGUUGUGUUCGGGGCUCACAUUUCCAUCGGGUUCGCCUACUCCACGCCCAAAGUCCUGGCCAUUUUCUACAAGGCAAUCCAAGAGGACUUAGGGGCCAGCUACAGUGAAAUAGCAUGGAUGUCCUCCAUCAUGCUGGCAGUCAUGUAUGCAGGCGGACCUGUAAGCAGUAUGUUGGUCAAACGCUUUGGAAGCCGACCAAUGGUGAUGCUGGGUGGACUGAUGUGUGGGGCCUCUAUGGUAACGGCUUCCUUUGGAAACUCCAUCGUUUACAUCUACUUUUUCAUCGGCGUCAUUGGAGGUUGUGGACUUUCCUUGAAUCUGAAUGCAUCCCUCACCAUCAUCAGCAAAUAUUUCUUGGCCAGACGUCCUCUAGCCAACGGCCUGGCGAUGGCCGGCAGUCCGGUGUUUCUUUGUUUAGUGGCUCCUCUAAACCAAUAUUUGUUGGAUAGGUUUGGCUGGAGAGGAAGUCUGCUCAUCCUCGGGGCUCUGAUGCUUAAUUGUUGUGUCGCCGGGGCCCUGAUGAGACCAGUUCUUCUGCCCAGUAAGACAAACUCUUGUGCAUCACAGAAGAUGCUGGAAGAAGAGCCAAACAAGUGCAGCACUAAGGUACAAGGAGGCUGCAUGAAAGAGGCUAAGAACUUUUUGAAUUUGUCAUUAUUCAAGGAUCGAGGCUUCGUCUUUUACCUCAUAGGAAACAUGAUGUUCAUCUUCGGUGCCUAUGCGCCCAUCGUGUUCCUGCCGGACUAUGCCAUGGAACAGGGUGUAGACAAGUACUCUGCGGCCUAUCUGCUCUCUAUAAUGGGCUUUGUGGACAUGUUUGUUCGUCCUGGCACCGGCCUGUUGGCCAACAGCAAGUGGAUCAGGCCCAGAAUCCAGUACUUCUUCAGUUUUGCCAUGAUUUUCAACGGUACUUGCCACUUACUGUGCCCGCUGCUGAAUUCCCAUGCCUUCCUGAUAGGAUACACAGUGUUUUUCGGCAUUGGUUUUGGCAUGGUCUUCGCCCUCAUAUUUGAAUGCCUGAUGGACCUGAUGGGAAGUCAGCGCUUCCCCAGCGCUGUUGGAAUGGUCACCAUCAUCGAGUGCUUCCCCAUGCUACUGGGACCACCUACUGCAGGUUUACUGAGGGACAUCUGCGGUGACUACAAGUACCUUUUCUUCAUGUGCGGCUCAGUGAUCGUGGCCGGCGGACUCUUUCUCUUCGUGACAAACAUCUACAACUACCACAUGCUAGAUAAAGAGAAGACGGAAAAGGACAGGGAGCAGAAAGAAAACCCCUCAGAGAACCAGGAGCAGGUGAGCCUCUCAGAGGCACAGAUAUAACGUAAACCUGAGAUAUUGAUGGAAGGAACUGAGCCCUCUACUGAAGAGGUGAAUCCACAGAAAUCCACCAAAUUAAAUGUAUGCCCCUUGUUCAACCUGGAUUCUAGGGGGUCAUAAGUAUAGUGCUGCUGGAGUGGACAGGUUGACCCUGUACCAUUUUGUUUUCUCUAAGUGAGGAAAUACAAAUUUUGUGCUGCCAAUAGAGGACCAAUAAAAACAUGUGUAGCGGUAGCUCCCAGAGGCCUUUGGGCUAUAUAGUGAAUUUUUUAUUAUAUCAAAACAACGUAGACUAGUAAAGAUGAAAAGGCAGAAAAUCAUCCCCCCACACAACAUUCAGUCCUUCUGCCGGUUUCUUUAUUUGUAAUGAAAGAAACAUUACAACACCUUCUUGUUAAACCUAUGCUGCAUCCACAGAGCCUGCUGGAAAUGAAAGCUCGGUUUCACACUCAACUCUGUUACAUGAGCUUGACCUCUGCAACCUUUUCUCUUUGAUAGACCAUUGCAUUCCCUAAGCACCUAAGCACCUUCUCUGGUGCAGCCAACACUUGGAAAAAAGGUGUAACUAUGGAUGUAGAUACAGCCUGGAAACCAGACCAAUCAGCAGGCUCAUAUUAAUUAAACAGAUGAGCCCCCCCUCCCCCCCAAUUCAGACUGAUUUCCAUCUGUCCUGAAACUGAUCGAGCCAACCACAACAAUUUAUCUAAAAUGUGGCAGGUUUGAUACAAAGAGUGACACGAGCAUUUACGCUAACAAAGAGAUGGCUACUACUGUUGAAUCCACUAGAGACAUUAUUCAACAAACAACAACAAAAGAAAAACAACUGCUGUUCGCCGUUGUCUGUUUACAUAUUUUUGUUACUCUGAUACACGUUUGUUACUCUGAUUGGAUGUAUGUCUGAUCCGCCACCAGUGAUAACACCCCUUGAAAAUCGAAGCGGUCUGGCAAUGCCCAAAUAGCCUAGUCAUUACUGUGGCGUAACAUUUCUUGCUGGUCUGGUUUCUCUAGGAGUGUCAUUGGCAACUCUCCAUCGAUUGUUUUAACUUAGAAUUUAAUCCACUCACCAGUAUUAACUAAAUCAGUUGCAAGUUCUGCAGGAAGCUCCUAUCACUUUCAAUGGAGUCUAAAUCUAGAUACUUUUAAAAAUAAAUCUUGGAAACUUUUUAUAAAGUCUACCUGAAACUGAAAGAAUGAAUUAUAAACAUUUUUGAAGGAUUCUGUUUCUUAAACUGAUUUAAGUCAUUUUAUUUUUUUUAUUUUUAACGACAAUCAUCCUGUCAUACCUCAUUCAGCUGUAUGAAAAAGCAGUUAGAAAAGUUUUGGUGAUCGUUUUUAGCAGCAAAUAUGACCACAUUACAAUAGUUAUUUAUAAAACAAUUAACAACAAGGGAAGAUAAUGUCCCUGUUCAUACUUAUGGCCAAAUAUAGAUUGAGGGCAGGUCUAUAUUUCCUCCCACUGUUCAAAACUGAAGCCAAGCAACCACGGAUAAUGAUGAACACCUGAGCAAACAUCACAGUGGUAAGAAAUACCCAAACUGACAGAAACCAUGUUUGAGAGAAAUUUAACAUGUUCUUGAACUUUUUUGUUUGGUUUAUGUCCAAUCUGCUAACAUGGAGGAGUCAUGGUUUAAAGGCUAUUCUAACCACCAGGGGGAGAAAGUGUGUUUUGGGUUCACUUUUUGUAUGUCAUGUCGUCCAUCUUUGUAUACAGUCAUUGGCUCAUACACAAAAAUUGCUUCAUUUACGUUUAGAACCUACCUCCAUGUCAACAGGUUGGUGAGGGAUGAUGAGAACAGCUGACUGUAGACAUGCUUUUUCUUGGGGAGGUCUUGACUUGACAGUGAGAAGGUAUGAACCAGCUUAAUGUAAAAAGUACUGUCUCACUGUCUCGGCCGAGUGAACCAUCCACCUACUGUUGUCCAUUUGUUUGUUUGCACCUUAGAGGUCAUUUUAAGGAAUAGCAGUGUGUGCAGAGGACACACUGCCUCUUUCUUACCACUGCUCUUUAUUGCUACCACUGGAUUGUGUAUGUGCUGUAUUCCUUUGGCUUCACUGUAUUACAUUGAAUGACUGUGGCUAAUAAAGGCAGCUAGCCUCAUUAUGUGAGGGUAAAUCUGAGUUAAUGAAAUGCAGGAGUUGUUCUGUCACAUGGUCAUGAGCGCACAUGUCUGCUUUUGUUUCCUGUUAUUCUUCACCGUUUGUAUCAAAAUCGUAUCCCUCUAUAAAAAUAUGUAAGCGCGCAUAUUAUGUUCCUCAUGCUUUUCCUUUUUAGUUGGUCAAACAGCUUUUAUCUGAACAUAAAAGUUCUGCUCCAACAGAAAAAAUGCUGUACACGAACCUCCUGAAAUGUCUUGUUUGCAUUUUUUCCUUUUUUUUUUUUCAUAAAGCGUCUGCGUCAUCAUAAGAUUUCCACCUCCAGGCAGUUUUCCCUCUGAUAUAGAUGUUACAAAGUUCUUAUGUUACAUGAGAAAUAUAAGGGCUACAAAAUACAAACUGUGAAAUGUCCUGCUCAAGUUGUUUGGUCUCUCAGCUGGUUCACGAGAACCGACAUUGCUACAGUAUUAAGCUUUUUGGGAGGAAGGCCCAGAACUAAGAUCUGUCUCAGACAGAGGGAGAUACAUGAACCAGUCAAUGGUCAGAAUGUGGGCACUUUAACUGUUGUUGUGGUAACUUCAUAGGACUGGCACCAGAUCUUUUGUACUUGGAAGUGUGUACCUUAUAAAAUCAGCAAUACAUUUUGUUCAUGAAAUGUUUUACCUGCCAUUAAAGACAUAGAUGUUUAUCCUU